GAAUAUCUACAUAGCCAUGAAGUUGAAUCUCCUCUGAAGCUUUCGCAUGAAAUCUAUGUGCCAACAAUUUUCAGAUGUCAUGUGAUGAAGUUUGGAAGGCUGUUUUUUCCGCUACUGGAAGGCACGGACCUUGCUGCUUGUAUGGUGGUAUGUAAACAAUGGCGAGAGAUAGCCAGUGAUGAUUACUUUUGGAAGUGCCUAUGUGCCAAUAGAUGGCCUUCAAUCUGCAAGCAACCAUCCCCGCCCACUGUAACUUACUACAAGCUAUUCAAAACCUUCUAUAAACGUCAGCAUCGACGAACUCUUCUCCCACCAAGGCUGUCCUUCAAAGACUUGGAGUUUUACAUUGACAUUUGGGUCGAAGAGAGGUUAAUUUUAUCAGAAGUCGUCCCAGGUCCUGUUCUUCAGAAGGGGAGCUGGAUCCCACCACCGGGAAUUGGUGAUGUGCUUAGGUUUCACUUGGAGGGCCCAGAAUACAAGAUGACUCUACCUGUGCAACCAAGGUUUGCUGUUUCUCUGAGCCAGACAAUUACUGUCUCUGUGCUUAUAGGGCGCAAGGAUUCCAACAAAGUUGCUUGUAUAAUUAACAAAUCAGGAUUUGAUUAUAUAGAUCCAACAGCAUAUAGGGCCCAUGCAUUUGACUACCUCGACUUCUCCCCCCUCUACCCAUUCGUAUCUGGUAUACGGGCGUGGAUAUCUUUGCUCUUCAUGGAUCUUGGUAGUGUGGGAGUCAUUGAAGUUUUUGGAAUUGAAAUGGAUUUCUGUGAUGCUGCCAGCUCUGAAGAGGAGGUCCUGUGGCUAUUAGACAUGCUUGAUUGGAAGUAAGAGGUCCAUUCAGUGUAAAGCUUCUGUGGGGGCUGGGGGACUUGUGCAAUUCAACCAGUUUCUAGCUCCCUCUGCCUCGAGCUGACCUAGACGAGAAGUUCAUCCGAAAGCAACCAUACCAUGGUGAGAAAGAUUACUCAGCGCUGCCGGCCUCAUGUUCCUGAGAUUCUGUUGCUGCUGCACUUCAGGAGGCCACUAAGAUGUUGCAGAGACUUCUCUUGCAUCUGUGGGUGUGGCAAGAGGACAUGGAGAUGUACAUCUAUAUUCUGUGUAAUUUCCAUUAGAUGUCUUCGCAAGACCUUGAUUUCUUCACUUGGAUUGGCUUUAGAAGGUGGG